CUGUGAACACAUCAUUUUGCCGUGCAGUGAUCAGACCGAGGGAGAGAUCAGCGCAGACAUCACCGCGCAAACACACCACGCUUGUGAAUUUUUGCAUGUCAGGAGCGGAGGAUCCUGUCGCCGGUCAACGGCCGUUUUCCAUCUUGUAUUCAUAACGCAUAAAUCAGCGGCAUGUGGAAUUGUAUCAGGAUUAGGAAUUGGCUCCCAAUCGCGUGCCUGCUGUUAAUGAUAUGGACGAAGGUGUCCCAGUCCUCUGGCUAUUUUGAGCUGCAGUUGAUUGCUGUAGAAAAUGUAAACGGUGAGUUGUGGGACGGAGAAUGUUGCGACGGCACGCGGAACUCUCAAGACCAGCGCUGCGAACGGGACGAGUGCGAUACAUACUUUAAAGUGUGUCUGAAGGAGUACCAAUCUGAAGUCACCACCACUGGGCCGUGCACCUUUGGCUCUGGAUCUACUGACGUUCUCGGUGGAAAUACAUUUUCUUUUAAGACUGCAAAGAACAACCCCAGCAAAGCGAGCGAUGUGGGAAAGAUCAUCAUCCCCUUUCACUUCGCCUGGCCGCGAUCCUACACACUCAUCCUGGAAGCCUGGGACUGGGAUAACUCCACUCAGAACAGUGAGUAUUCCUCUUUAACUGCUAUAUUAUUUACUGCUGCAGGCUGCUGUAUAUGGAGUGAAAAUGAUGCUGCAUAUAUACACAAAAAAAUAAAGUUUUGCAAAAGAAAAUAAAGUUUUGAGAAAAAUAAAUAUAUACGCAAAAUGCUAUUGAAUAAAAGGAAACGAUCCACUCGCAAGCCUCUACUCAUCAUGACAGUACCUGGAUCAGUGAGCUGA